ACUCUGUGACAACUACUAUGUGGUAACUAAUCUAUGCUGUCAGUGUUUUUCAUUGCAUUGUUUUUUUUUUGGUGAAGAAAGGAUUUUCCGGGUUUUUCGUGGGUUUCGUGGUUAUUUCUGAAAAUAUUUUGGUGGGUCAAUAUUUAUAGUUUAAGUGCUCGUCAUGGUUUUUGCUCGUUUGUGUGUUCUAAAACGAUAAGCUAUGGCUUUUUACAUGCAUCUCACAUACCUAAGCCCCAGAGCAAAAUCCAUGUCAACAGCUACAUAAAUGUACUGCAAACUUAUCUAGUCAUGUUGGGGUUGUAAAUAGUGCCUUCUAAUUACCAUGAUUCAAGUUUUGUAAAGCUAUGCUGAAAUUGACUCACAGUUUUUACAGAUAUUCCAGGGUCACAUGUGAGAACAUAAUAUGUUAUAGUACUAUUGUGGGACAACACACACAUUUGAGUUGUAGAGGCGAGACAUGUGUUACGUGGAACGGCGCGCAACUUUUCGGUCCGCUUGGUCCCGCCAGUUUUCAGUCGAGGCUUCUGUCCAGUAUAAAGAAGAGGUCCCGGGUGAAGAGGUCACAUAUCAAUGCAAAUGCAACAAAAAUACACAAACAAAUGAAUAACUCUGUACAACCAACGGUGACCAACUUCAGCUAUGGGGGCCAGUUUGAAAUUUCCACAGAUGGCACGUCAAGUGAGAGACAUUCGGACUCUGACAAUGACAAUAAGCAGACAUAUAUUCCACCCGACUUCCGGAUAUGGGAGCCAGUGGGAAAGAAAAGCUCAUCUUUUGAAGGUUUUAGGUUUAGAGUGAUGUCCUACAAUGUCCUGGCGCAGUACCUUUUAGAAUGCCAUCCGUAUUUGUACACGAACUGCGGGCUGCAAAACCUCAAGUGGAAAACACGGGCUGCAAAAAUUUAUGACGAGAUAUUGAGCUUGUCGCCUGAUAUCUUGUGUCUUCAGGAAGUACAAGUGUCACACUUGAGUACUUUCUACAGCAAGUUCGAAGAGAUGGGCUACUGUGGCAUCUUCAAGCAGAAAACUGGUGAACGGCAAGAUGGCUGCGCUAUAUACUUCAAGAAGUCUCUAUUCGAUCUGCAGGAUCAUAUUACUGUGGAGUUCUACCAGCCCAAGAUGCCGAUUCUCAACCGUGACAACAUCGGGUUAAUAGCGAAGUUGGCCCCGAAGUGCUCGCCCGGGACCCCAGUAGUGGUGGCCACCACACACCUGCUGUACAACCCGAAGCGCACGGACGUCAGGUUGGCCCAACUGCAGCUGCUGUUGGCUGAGAUCGACAGAUUCGCGUAUAGCAACGACGGUAAAGAAUCGGACUAUCUGCCAAUAAUUUUGACUGGGGACUUCAACUCGACUCCAGACAGCGCGGUUGUGACGUUGCUCGACAGAGGCCAUGUCAGUGCGAGUCCCUAUAGAGACACCUCUGACUGGAAGAAGAUCGGUGUAACGGACAACUGUCAGCACCUGUCCGUGUAUUUGAACCGCCAGAAGGGAGUCUCCACCGAUUUCAGUAUGAUAAAGAUAUACAACUCGGAUUACCCGGACGGGCGUCUCGACCCGGGAUCUGAUCCGCAGCAACAUACGGAGCUCUUCAACAGCGGAGACCUAGCACACCCCUUACACCUGAAGUCCGUGUACAGCAAAGUGAAACACGACGGCCACAUAGAAGCCACCACGUUCCAGGACUACUGGGUCACUGUGGAUUAUAUUUACUUUAGCGGUCACAAUGCCCUAAAACUCGUGGAACGCUUGCGGUUGCCCACGGCCGCGGAAUGUGCAGCGCUGGGCUGGUUGCCCAACGACCAUCUCGGCUCUGAUCACCUCGCGCUCGCCGCCACCUUCGAACUAAACACCCUCAAGUCUAGUCUAUAGCCUUCAAUCGUUUAUUUUAUUUUAUUUUUUAUUUUAUUGAUAAGGCACACAAUACAAGUUGUAACUGUGAGAUCCCCUCAAUUGCGUAUGAAAACGUAUUCAUGGUUGUCGUAAUCGCUAACAAUUUCUGACCCUUGAUUGGCUGUGAAAAAAGAAACAGCGGAUCAACCAAUCAAAGGGGAGAAUUCGCUGUCGAUCACGAUAGCGAUGAAUACGUUUUUCUUACACAGUCGGAGGGCUGAUCUAUUGUUUUUAUAUUUAGAACAUAAAAACAAUAGAUCUGAUCUAUUGGUAUGUGUUCUAAAUAUAAAAUAAUAGAUCAGGAUCUAAGUAACAACCCCUUAUAGGUGUACACAGCAUCAAAUAGAUAUUUUAAUGUUUUAAAUAUCAUGAGUGAUUUCCAUUAAUAUAGAUAGUUACGGCUAUAGUCACGUAUUUAGUUAAGAAAACAGACCCCGGAUUGGUUCGGUAUUAGUCGGGCAUACGUCGACUAAAUACGUGAUUACAGCCGUAACAAUCUGUACCUAUAAUCAAAUAAAUAUAUACAUUAAAGAUGAUGAUAAAGAAUUUUUAAAAUGUAGGCUUAUUUUUAUUAUUAUGAUUUUAAAUAUAAAAUGGUGUACAUGGUUUUAAAUAUUUAGACAAAUGAGUAUGUAAAUUAUCUCUUAUAUGAAAAUGAUAAAACAUUGGUAAAUUUGUUUGAUAGUUUUUACGUCCAUUGAACUAAUUAAUACCUAGGUCUUUUAUUGCAAACAAAAAUCAUGUUACGUGAAGUUAACAUCGAAGGACGCUCUAUAGGCCUUUGUGUGACUCUCAUUUGAAGUUUAAACGGGGAGAUUUGUGCCAGACAUAUAAUAUUCUCAUUUCAACCGCAAGUAAUGGCAAAGAAGAACGUAUUGAACUCCAUCCUAUAAUAGAACUAUAGAAGUCCGUGUUACUUUAACUGGCGUAUACAGUUGUAAGGUUUAGCAGUAAUUUUAACACUAAAUUAAGAAUAUAUAUAUUGUACAUACACAUUUUAACGUUUUUAACUAAUUAAUAGUUAUUGUAAUAUUAUUAUUACAGUAUCCCGCAGAAAAUAUUGUACAUCGACCUAUGAAAAGAGAUAGGAUACACAUUUUAACGUUUUUACCUAAGUAAUAGUUAUUGUAAUAUUAUUAUUACAGUAUCCCGCGGAAAAUAUCGUACAUCGACCUAUGAAAAGAGAUAGCGGUGUCGUAGAGCGACACCGCUAUCUCAAGGACUACCUCGUAGGACAAAAAAGGUCACUAAGACAUGCGUGGCAUAACGCACGCAAUGGGCUAAUAGUACGACGAAACACUGUAUAAGACUCCACGAUGAACCACCACGGUGUACGAGACCACACGAUGCGUUUCCAGUGCGUUGCGGCGCCGCACCACUGAACUGUGGAUUUGAGUAUUGCAUGGGUGCCACUGCGUUGCCGCUUUGACAUAAAGCGUUGCAACGCACCACCCCUCCCCGCCACGUCUCUCUGGUCACAAGUCCGUUGCGCGUGCGGUGCUGCGCCGCACGACGUCCGAACGCAUCGUGUGGUGUGACACGGUACAGCGAUUCCUAUGUAGGAUGACGCAGCGGCACCGCUCACACACCACACCGCUCACACGCCGCACCGCUCACACGCUGCACCGCCAACGCAACCAUCAUGUAGCGUCACUCAUAAGAGGUGGGGAUUUUGUCCUCUGCGGACAAAAAUCUCUUGUCUGCGCAGGCCUUAAGUGACAUGUAAAUAAUUUUAAUGUGAAACAUACAGAUGGCAUGCGUUGAUAUUUUUUUAAGAACUAUUCGGAAACUACCUAUUUUAUUUUAUAUUUACCUUGAUUGAUUAUGUAGUUUUUUUUAAUAUUAAAUAAUUAUGUGAGUAUGAGAAAGAGUGUUUUGAGGCAAAAUUAUUGAAGUGAAGCUUAUUUUUGAUAAAAUGUAAGGAAUAAAA